CUUCGCUCUUUCGCUCGUCUCUCGAGCCAUCACCGCUCCGUUAUUACCCCUCCCGGCAACCUUCACACUCCAUUCCUUGCCAAGCAAAGAAGCCAAGCAGCAGCAAGCCCUCCACAAAAGCUUUCCCACCUUCUCUCCCACGCUUUCCUUCGACCCCGAACACCACCCAGAAACGAACAGCACAAAAGAAGAAGAAGGAGGAGGAGCGAGGCAGAGAAUGUGGACGCAGCCUUACAGGAAGAGGGACGUGGAGGAGGGGCCGGGGGCGAGGCCCCUGUACCCGGCGAUGCUGGAGAGCCCGCAGCUUCGGUGGGCCUUCAUCCGCAAGGUUUACUCCAUCGUGACCUUCCAGUUGCUCGCUACGGUCGCGGUCGCUGCCGUCGUGGUUUACGUCCGCCCUAUCGCCCACUUCUUCGCCGCCACCCCGGCCGGCCUGGCCCUCUACAUCGUCAUCAUCAUCCUGCCGUUCAUCGCGCUCUGUCCACUGUACUACUACCAUCAGCGGCAUCCAGUGAACUACCUUCUGCUCGGGAUAUUCACCCUCUCGCUCGCGUUUGCAGUUGGACUGACUUGUGCCUUCACGAGUGGGAAGAUCAUCCUUGAAUCUGUUAUCUUGACAACCGUGGUGGUUGUCAGUCUCACCCUUUACACUUUUUGGGCGGCGAGGAGAGGCCACGACUUCAGCUUCCUGGAGCCCUUCUUGUUUGGUGCUAUUCUCGUGCUUAUGGUCUUUGCUUUUAUACAGUUACUGUUCCCUCUCGGUAGGAUCUCGGUCAUGGUGUAUGGAUGUUUGGCGUCAAUCAUAUUCUGCGGGUACAUCAUAUAUGACACGGACAACCUGAUCAAACGCUACUCCUACGAUGAAUACAUAUGGGCCUCGGUGUCGCUGUAUUUGGAUAUAAUCAACCUCUUCCUGUCCUUGCUCACGAUCUUCCGAGCUGUGGAGAGCUGAUGGGUCUUCUGCUUAUUGCUUUCAUUCCUCUCUUUUUGACCCAGAAAACAUCGAAUGUACGAUGGCCCAUAUUGUUUGUCAAAAACAAUCCACAGAGACUAUGUCAACCAGUUGAUCGGUUUGAUGAUGAUGUACAUGUUUCUUCUAUUGUUGUACUUUUGUUUCCUUAGUGACUAAAUCUGUAUUUGGAGAACAUCAUCUGUGAUCUUUUACUGGAGCUACAUGGAAAAUCCUUUGUACUAAA